CACACACUCAUACACACGCACACACACUCAUACACACACACACACCUCUCCGCGUGCGCUUCUGUGAAACUGAGUAUACAGUGGAAUCCGGAGAGGUGUAAUGUUCAUUGCAGUGUUUCUUCUGGAUUUGAAGCUUUAUUUGGGAAAAGACCUGAACACACACACAUAGGAGGAUAAAGAGCUGCUUUAUCUGCGAUUUCUUCUGGUUUUAUCCCUGAACAUGAACACAGCAGUUCAGGAGAGAAGAUCAGGAGAGGAUUUCAUUCUGCUUCCAGAAACACACACACACUCAGGACUGAACCAGAUGUGAAAAUGAACCAAACAGCAGGAGUAACAAACCCAUACAGGAGGAGAAGCUCCACAGGAGUGAAGCGGGUACGGCGGCCCCAGAACCCCCCGAAACAAACCCUCAGGAGGAUCUUCAUGGAGUUGGUGGGCAGUAAUCCAUCACAGAGGAACUGGAAGGGAAUACUGAUUGCUCUGCUGGUUAUUCUGAUCAUCUGCUCUCUCAUCGUCACCUCCGUCGUCCUUCUCACACCAGGGGAAGAUGAUGAUCUGGCCUUGAAGGGGAAAUUGAUGGUGGAGGACAUUUUCAGGAAGGAGUUCAGAGUUCAUGAUCCUGAGGCUAAAUGGAUCAGUGAUGAGGAGGUUCUGUAUCGCACUCGUGAAGGUGACGUGCUGAAGUUCAACGUGGAGACAAACAAGAGCACAGUGCUGGUGUCCAACAGGAAGUUUGAAACAUAUAAAGCUGUCAAGUAUGAGCUUUCUGCAGACCUGAAACAAGUUCUGCUGGCCUAUAAUGUAGAACCGUUUAAUCAACACUCCUUUACUGCAUACUACAUCAUCUGUAGUUUAGAGACCCCGGAAACAUGGAUUCUGACUCCUCCAGAAGUGCGUAACGCUCCUCUACAAUAUGCAGGUUGGGGACCACGAGGACAGCAGCUGAUUUUUAUAUUCGAGAAUAAUAUCUACUAUCGUUCCACCGUCGAGAGUCGAACCAUCCGCCUGGUUUCCACUGGCAAAGAAGGUGUGAUAUUCAACGGCCUCAGUGAUUGGCUGUAUGAGGAGAUGAUUUUCCAGUCCCAUGUGGCUCACUGGUGGUCUCCUGAUGGAGCACGUCUAGCAUAUGCCUCCAUCAACAACACUUUGGUGCCCAAGAUGGAGCUUCCCAUGUUCACAGGGUCGCUGUACCCAAACAACCGAGCAUACCAUUACCCCAAAGCUGGAGAGGAGAACCCUGUGAUCUCGGUGUAUGUGGUGAACCUGAACGGCCCUUUACACAUUAUCCAGAUGAAGAGACCAGACAACCACAGGAUCCGGGAGUUUUACAUAACAAUGGUGAAAUGGGCCACGACCACAAAGCUGGCGGUGAAGUGGUUAAACCGAGCACAGAAUUUCUCCAUUCUGAGCCUGUGUGAAGCCACAACGGGAAUUUGCACCAAGAUCCAUGAGGAGGAGAGUGAGAGCUGGCUGGACAGACAGAAUGAAGCUCCACUUUUCGCUAAAGACGGCCUGAAGCUUUUCUUCACUUGUGCUGUUCCUCAGGGGGGACGGGGCAAAUUUUUCCAUGUGCUCAAAGCAACAUCACAGAGUAACAAACCCUCAGAUACUCUGCAGUCAGUCACAUCAGGAAGCUGGGAUGUUACACACCUUCUUGCCUACAACGAGGAUGCGCAGCUAAUAUACUAUGUGAGCACAGAGGAGGAUCCCAAACGCCACCACCUGUACAGUGUUGAGACGUUCGGUUCCUUCACUCGGCUCUGUCUCUCCUGUGGUGUUGCAGACGCCUGUGGAUAUGUGAGGAGCUCCUUCAGCCAUAACAUGACCUUCUUCCUGCUCCACUGUAAAGGACCAGGUGUCCCGUUUGUGUCCAUCUACAGAACCAAUGAAAAACAGAAGCUGUUUGACAUUGAGCUGAACCUGAACCUCCAGAGGAGCGUAGACUCCGUGCAGAUGCCCCAAGUUGAAUACAUAAAGAUAGAUGUGGAGGAUUACACUCUGUCACUACAGAUCUUGAAACCGGCAAGCUUCAUAAACACAGCACAUUACCCUCUACUGCUGCUCGUGGAUGAGACUCCAGGAGGACAGGUUGUAUCAGAGCAGUUCCAGCUGGACUGGGCCACGGUCUUAGUCAGCAAUUUGGGCGUGAUCGCUGUACGCUGUGACGGGCGUGGCAGUGGCUCACGGGGCUCUGAAUUUGUACACAAGCUUGACAAAGAGGACCAGCUGAAAGCUCUCAGCAUUUUAGCCAAAGAGCCGUACAUCGACAAAUCCAGGAUUGGCGCCUUUGGACAGGUGUAUGGAGGACACAUCACCAGCCUUCUGCUCAGCUCAGAGGCCUCCGUUCUGAAGUGUGGAGCAGUUUUCUCACCCAUCACUGACUUCCGACUCUAUGCAUCUUUUUUUUCCGAACGAUAUUUUGGCCUUCCAGCGUCAGAACAUCGAGCGUACCAGAUGUUCAAUUUCUCACACCGGGUGCCUUGGUUCGUCGAUAAGAAGUUUUUGAUCGUUCACCCCACUGCAGAUGAAAAAGUCCAUUUUCAGCACACGGCUAAAUUCAUUUCAGAGUUAAUCAAUGGAAAAGUUAAUUACAGUCUCCAGAUUUAUCCAGAUGAAGGUCACUUCCUGCACAGUGAGGUGGUGAGGCAGCACCUCAGUCAGUCCCUGGUCCACUUUUUUAAAGAAUGUUUCAGGCGAUCAGAUGAUUUGCUUGAAGACGAUCAAGAGGAAAAAAAUGAAGUCCAGGGUUAAUGUCCUCAAGCACAAAGAGACUCGUCUGGUUUUGAACUCAGCAGCUUUCCAAGGACUUCAUCCUCAUUUAUCCUGCUGUACAGAACAUUUCAAUCUGCAGACAUUUUCUUUCCUUCCUUCCUUCCAUCUCUCUCUCUCUCUCUCUCUCUCUCUCUCUCUCUCUCUCUCUCUCUCUCACUCUUAUGUGUGGACCAAGAGCAGCUUUAGGAUCUGAAAAAGGUGUCUAAAAGAACAAUUUGUCGAUCGGUUUGACAGGUUUCUCUGAUGAACCCGAUGUUGCUGUGCUGAAACCGCGUUCAGACUGAAGACAGGACACGGUGUGGAGACUGAGCGGGAAUCUGUCUGUUCAUCCAUCUGCUCUGACACGGCUUUUUCUAAAUGCUGUAUGGAGGUUGGUUUGUGGUCGUGGUUGUACUUCAGAAUGUUCUAAUAUUAUGUCUUAUUGUAUUUGUGUCUGUUGCUCUUAUGUAAAGAAACACAUGAAUUGAAAUAUUAACUUGGGGAUCAAAUAAAAAUGUUUUUUUCUUUUUCA